CGCCGCCGCAUGAGAGUCCGCCUGCCUGAGUCCCCAGCGCGGGCGAGGCGUCGGCUCCCGGCUGCAACCUGCUGUCCGUCUCUAUUGCUGCUGCUGCUACCGCUGCUGCUCGCCGCCGCUACCUCUCCAGCAGUGAAGCGAAGGAGGAGAGCAACGCUCGUCGUCGCCCCCUCGCAGGCAAGCGCCGCUCUCGCUCGCCUCUUCUCGGGGGGAAAUGCCGCGCGCCCCUCAGGGGGAGCCCGCUCGCCCUUCUCCUCCCGCUUUCCCUCCGCGCGGUGAAUGUGGCGCGGCGGCCGACAGGGGGAGCCCGUGCGCAGUUCGUGGGGAGGGGGAGGGAGCGAGGCCGCCAUAGAGAGCGGCGCCCCUCCUCCUGGCUUGGGAAGAAAGGCAGCGGCUGGGAGGCAGGCGCCCUCUGCGAAGGCUCGAAACACACUUCUCAGAUUAGUUUCUAUUUGAUCUCAGCGUGGAGCGGGUUGUAUAUUCUUGAAGAGAGAAAGGGGGGUUUAUGCGAUUAUUUCCAAAGGGGUAGGAGAAUUAGCUCGCGCAGCAAUAGCAGUCAGUCCUUAACAUUUGUUAUUGGUGAUGAGGAUGAUUUUGGAAGGGGAAAAAAGGGGGGGAGGAAUAAGGGAAAUAUUACGGAUCCAGCUCCUUCAUAAGUAGUGGCGUCCCUGAGUGAGGUAGCCGCAUUUUGGGUGUCAGGAAAGGGCACCAAGUGGUUAGUCAUUUAGUUAGCUGUAAUUGUGUUUUUUACAACCCAGGAGCGGAGAGGUGCUUGUGGGAUUUUCGGCCUCAGGUGCCAAAUUGACUUGGCUGGCCUUGGGUAUUGUGCAUCUUGUCUCGGAGGUGCAGAGAGAGGAGAUUUGCUGUCCUGCUGCAAGCAGCAAAAUGUCUUGGGCCAACCUGCUUGGUGAUUCAGCCUUUUGUCAUAGCAAAGAGGAUCCAAGGUGGCAAAACACCUUUAUUGCAUGCAAAAUGGCCCAGGUUCAAUACCUGGCACCUCCAGGUAAGGUAGGGCUCCUGUCUGAAACCCUGGACUACCAGUCUGUGUAGACAAUACUGGGCUAUUGAAAGGUCAAUGGCAGUUUCCUAUAUUCCUGUCCCCUCUGCCCCCACCACUCCAUGCCUCUAGAGAAAGAGGGAGAAUGAGAAUGAUCUUCAAAAUGAGGGUCAAUUGAAAUCAGCCCAGGAAUGCUUACUCAAUCAGCCAGUUUUUGUGAAAAUCCAAAUGGGAGCUGAAAGCUCCUUCCUUUGACCUUGGGAUCUUUCUACUGCUUCUUCUAUUACAUGACAAAUAAUGACGGCAAAGCCAAAAGCAGAAGCCCCAUCAAGAGGCAAGGUGAGGCAGCUGCCUCAACCUCCCAAUUGUGCCAUUAAAGGAGGCAGAAUGAACUCGAUAUAGGCAAAUCUGACCCAGAAUGUUUUGUGGUGUUCUCCUGCCCAGUCUCCACUAAAAUUAGUGUGAGCUGCUCAAGAACAUGGUGGUGCUAUAUUCACAACUAGGAACAUAGAAAGCGGACUUCUACUGCAUCAGACCAACAGUCCAUCUAGCUCAGUAUUCACUGGCUGGGAGGAGCUCUCCAGGGUUUCAGCCAGGGAUCUUUUCCCAGCCCUAACUGGAGAUGCUGAGGAUUGAAGCCGAGACAUUUGGCAUGCAAAGCAGGUGGUCUACAAUUUUGGGGUCUUCAUCAACUUUCGGGGUGUUCUGGUUUUUACUUUUUGAAAUAUGGCAGCCCUAGCCGUGGAUAAUUUCAAGAGGGAUGCCUUACAGCAGGCGUAGGCAAAAGACGGAUUGGAACCUACUGGUAGAAUUCUGAGCGAUUUGCAGUAAAUUGAAUCCCAGCUGUUUUACAACAAAAUGGCUUUUCCCACCUAAAGUAAGAUGCUGAAAUGAAGAAAGCUGGAUAGGAGAAGGGCUGUAGGCUGGUGGUGCAGAGCACAUGUUUGCAUGCAGAACCUUCAAUCCCUGGCAUCUCCAGUUAGGGUUGAGUGAUCUUCCUGCCUUAAAUCCUGGAGAACCACUGCCAGUCAGUUUGGGCAAUGCUAGGCUAGAUGGAGCAAUGGUGUGACUCAGUAUAAGGCAACUUCCUAUGUUACCUCUUGUGUGAAAGGACUGUAAGUGGAAACCAAAUGGUUCUCCUUCAACUCCCCCCCCCCCCCGAGGUACCUUCCAAAAGAAUAGGAGGGGAGGGUGCAAAUUCACUCUUCCCUCCCGUAAUGCCCACACCAUCUAUUCCGGGGAGUCCCAGCCAUCCAGAACAGAUUGGGACACAGCAGUGCGGGGGUGCGGGUGGGCAGAGCAAACAUUCCCUCCUUCCUCUUCCAUUAAUAGUCACUUCAGCUGGAGCAACUGGAUACAACUCUGUGAACUCAGUACAGUUAUAAUAUUGCGGGGAGGGUGUUAUAUAUUCAGAAUGCAUUCAGAGGCAUCCUGUUUUGUUUUAAAACUAUGUCUGUGGUUGAAUGAGCUUGGGGUUCUAGAAAAAGCAAAGAAGAUCAGACAAGCCUGAAGUCUGCACCCAUGCAGGUAUGGCCAUUUUAAGUCCCAGUUCACAAGCUUGUAUGCAAAGAGCCAUUCCAAAUAUUUGCUGCAAAAUGUUUACUCGAAAGGGAGCUGCAGGCAAUGGUGGAUCCCUGACUUCUAGUGUGUUACCUGCAUGGUAUACAUUUGCCAUAGCAAUGCAUACUGUUUUAAGCAUUGUAGGUGUACAUUUGGAACAUUACAGGCUUACACCAAAAAUGGGGUGUGUGAAGUGGACACCCUUGCAAAACAAGUGCAGCUAAUCCAGGUAGUAUCUUUUAACAUGGCUUGUCUCUCAUAAGCAUUCUGUUUUCCUGAUAACGGUGCAGUCUCCAGGGUCCUGUGUGAUUUACAUCCCUUGCUGCUUUGGGAUCAAUAACACCAGAAAGAUUAAAAAGCUGGUGAAAGCAAGAAAGCCUAUAUAACAACUUCUUGAUAUGCUGCUCAUGGAGGAAAGUGAGAAUGACCCUAAAGUGUCAUUCUGCAGCCCGUUUGUCUCUGAUAGCCAUCAAAUACAGCAGCCUCUCGAAUUCAGUUUCAGCAGCAGCCUGGAACUUGGUCUGAAGCAGAGGCAAGCAUCUCAGUGGAGAUGGGGCUGCGUUUGAGACAGGGUUGUGCCUCUUCGUUCCUGAUACUUGGUUGCCAAAACAACAUGGGGGGGCAGCACUCACCCAAUUUCUUCCCUCUGCAAAAUUAUGAAAGGCAUUUGAGUCCUCGUCUGCUUCUUUUGCUUUUGUUCCUCUAUAAUGCACCAUGUUUAUUGGUGAUGCAUUACAGAGGAACAAAAUAUAUAUUCAUCUGACAGCUCCUUAUUAACGGAGGACUUCUGUUUUUUUUUAACUGUCCAGCAAAUGGCAAACAAAAUCCAUCCAAACAUGACCUUAGCACUAGGAAAAUGAGACAAGAUUCAUGCAUGUAUCGCAUCUAGUGGCCAGACUGCAUGUUACAUUAAAUGUGCAAUUGCAUUUAAUGUACAGUGGUACCUUUGGUUACAGACGCUCCAGCUUACAGACUCCGCUAACCCAGAAAUAGUACCUCGGGUUAAGAACUUUGCUUCAGAAUGAGAACAGAAGUUGCAUGGCGGCGGCGCAGUGGCAGCGGGAGGCCCCAUUAGCUAAAGUGGCACCUCAGGUUAAGAUCAGUUUCAGGUUAAGAACAGACCUCUAGAACAAAUUAGGUUCUUAACCUGAGGUACCACUGUAUAUCUAUUUUGGGUUUUGCCUGUAAAUCUUUGCUGAAACAACAAACUUGUCUAGUAGGGCCCACUGGGAGUUGUCCAAGGUCCUGAUAUUCCUGGCCUGACCCAUUGGAGCCUCCAAUACUCAUUCCCACUUUCCCUGUAGGCCUCAUGUCCCAGCAGAACAGAAUAAUACCCCUCUCUCCAUACACCACCAUCCCGAUCCCCCUCCCAUACUAUGACACCAGCCAAACCCAUAAGACAAACAGUUACAUUGAACAUGAUCGUAUAUUUAACAUAACAUGUAGUUUGGCCCUCAAAUGGGAGGUGUGAUAUAAAGGAGCCUAGCUGAUCUAGCUUAGCAACAAGGUACUUGUGUGUACCAAGAGAUCAGGAAGGCAAAGAGGAUAAUUUUUAUUUUUAUUUUUACUUGUAAUGAGAUACGUCAUGUGGCGCCAUCCCUUCUUUUUUCCUGGCUGUGUGAGUCCUCUACUAAAGUGUAAGUUAUUUCCACCGGCAGUGUAUAGUUUCUCCUGGCUCAGCAUUCUUAUGAACAGAGGUAUAUACAGCUAAUUGGCGCAGUGAAGUGAGACACUGGUUCAGCUCACAUCUCCGUCAUAUUCUGCUCGUCUUGUUCCUCUGACAUGGAGAAAAACAACAAAACUUGUCAUCAUCAUGCAGGAUAGAGUUCUACAUUUUAACUCUGGAAAGAUUCAUCUACCUGAUUUCAAGGGGAUGAAGUUGUAGAACACAUUAACUGUGAUCUGCUUGCAGGGCUGGAUUAACUGAUGGGCAACAAAAAUGCCUAGUUCAGAAGGAAAAUUAAAAGGAUCCUAUAAACAUAGAGUUGGCAGGGGGGUCUGAAAGGCCAUCUACUCCAACCCCCUUGCCAAUGCAGGAAAUCUGCUCCAGCAUCCAUGGCAGGUAGCCACUCAGCUUCUGUUUAAAAACCUCUAAUGAUAGGUCUAUUUUAUUUGAUUGUUAGAGGUUUCUUGUAGCAUGUAAGUACGUAUGAGGCAUGGGGUAAUGUCUCAAUCAUCUUGCUUGUAAAAACAGAGAUAAUAGAAGGCGGAUCAAUCUGUAGUUAUCGGUCUUGUUAAUAAACAUGGUGGGGAUGACACAGAUCUAAAUUGGUAUUCUUAGACCUGGAUGGAUCUCUACCUAGUGUUUUAUUCUGAUGGUUGCAAAAUAAGUAUUUCAAAGAAACAGCAGAAGAACUAUUCAAUACGCUACAUAUCAAUAUUUUCUCUGGAGCCCAGAAUCAUCUGGCUAUCCUCCUUCAGGAUCUUUAAGGAGACAUUUCUUUGAAAAUGGCAUUGUUCAUGUUCAUCUUUAUGACUAUACUACCUGUUCUACAAUACAUUCACCUUCAUUCACUUUGGCUUGUCAGUGUUUUCCCCAGGAAGCAAACAUUUUUUCACCAAAUAAAUGAGUCAACCUAGAGGCAGAUAGUAUGACUGGCAUGACAAAAAUGGCAAUUUAGAUGUGCUUAGACCGGUGUCAGAAGAUGCAUUAUGUCAUCUUACCUACGUUCAGCAGUACAUAUGCAGAGUAAAGACAAUGGACUAAGUAUAUUCCUUUUAGUCUGCACUGUGCAUGCUAUUAAUGUAGGACAGGACAAAGGAAGCUACUUUAAAACAGAAAAUAUACUAUGCCCAAUGUAUUUUUUACAUGUGAAAUACAAAAUAGUUAAUGCAAAAGUCAAGGAGUUUCAUAUCCAACACUCCUGAUUCCCAAUUAACAUACAGGCUACAGCAACACAGUCCAAAGCAAACUGCUAUGAACAUCCUAUUGAAACCAAUACUACUUAUUUCCAAGACAGGCUUCUUAUAAAAUAUUUAUAUUUAGAAUUGCAGCCUGAUCUUUUCAGAGAGGUCUCACUGAGUUCAAUGGGACCUAUUCCAAGUAAAUGUGCACAGGAUUGCAAGCUUCAAGCCCAACACCUCCAGUUCUUUAGAUAAGUGAGCCAUAUGUGGUUUCUUUGCUGAGGCAUGCCACAAUACUAUACAUAAUAUAAAAGUUAUUUCUGCUAAAGGGACAGAGAGCUUUUGGCUCUCCAGAUGUUGUUGGAUUCCAACUCUUAGAGAUUUUAAAUUAUUAAUGGUUUAUAAAUGCUUUUAAAUAAAUAAGGACAUAUGACAAGCCUGCUGCAUCAGGCCAAUGGCCCAUCAGUUCAGCAUCCCAUUCUCUGGCUAACCAGAUGCCUUUAGGAAGCCUGCAAGCUGGACAUGAGCGCAGCUGCAGUCUGUUCACUGGUGCUUCCCAGCAACUGUAACUCAGAGGCAUAAUUUCAGAUGACAUAGUCUAUGGUCUGGGAUUAUACGAGUUGUAAUCCAGCAGUAUCUGGUGGGUCAUAGACUCCCCAUCCAUUUUCAAUUCGUUCACCUGGAUGAGUAUUUCCUGUUAUCACUCCAAGAUACCAGGAAGCCCCCCCCCCCCGGCACAACCUUCUACCCAAGAGCCUUUCUCAGGAAUUGAUGGUUAUUGAACCUUGUACCUCGGGCAUGCAAAGCAUGUGUUUUGAUAGUUUAUUGCCAAGUUCUAGAUUUGAAAAGUAUUAUUAAAUAAUUUUGUCAACAGUUUAAUCCAACACUAUUUACUGAGAAUCAGUUGAAUUCCCAUUUUUUAUGGAUAGAGGCUUUAAAGUAAUAAAUAGUAUUGAUUACUGGCAAUAAUCAUUUUUGUGCCAAUGUGAGUCAUAAUAUUUGUGAGCGUGGGGCUAAUUGAAUAACCCAGCAGUACUGGCUUGCUGCUAUUGCUCUGACUUCAGACAUGGCUAAACUAAAGCAACUAUGUAUGAGUUUCAUUCAAAUAUAUAUAUAAUGUGAACCUUCCCAACCAUUUGUUCAAAAGAACGCUCCUUGCUGUCCCCUGGCACUUUAAUAGGAAUGGCAUGCUCCUCUCUGCCAUUCUUUUCUCCUGUCAUAAGACUACACCAGUGUUUCCCAAGCUUGGGUCUCCAGCUGUUUUUGGACUACAACCUCCAUCAUCCCUAGCUAGCAGGGAUGAUGGGAAUUGUAGUCAGAAAACAGCUGGAGACCCAAGCUUGGGAAACACUGUUCUACACCCAGGACCCUCCUGCUUCCCCUGUAAAAUGCACCUUUUCACUUGCUUGAGGUUAAGGGAAAGAUGUUUCUCAAGAUCUCAAAUAAAAAGUGAUAAUGCUUCAGCCAUUAUGAACCUUUAGAACAAAAGGGAGAUCCUGCAUCCCUCCAGAAGAUUUGGACUCCCAACUCCCAUCAGCCCGAGCCAGUAUGGCAAAUAGAAACGAUGGGAGUUGCAGCCCAACAACAUUUGGAGGGCCAUAGAUGCCACACUGUUCUCAGAAGAAGGAUAAAUAGAAAGAUGCUAGAGGUGUGCUAGAUGAAUCCUAAACCUAGAACAGGAGCACAGCCAGUUCAAACAGACAUGGGGCAUAUCAAAGCCAAAACAGGAUCUCUCCAAUGCUGCCUGUACCAAAGUUCACUUGGUGGUACUUCAGAUAUCCAGAUUAACACCCACACCCACCCACACCUAAAGGCAGUGUGACUUCAAAAACUGAAACAUUUCUCCCCAAGCUUGUCAUAUAAAGAAAGUGCCAGGGUAGGUAUAAAGAGAAGAUUUCUGCAGCAGACAGGUCUAGCUGUGAAUAAGAGGGCAUUAUUGUGCCAAGGCUCUCUAGUCACAGAGUGCUAGAGUAUCACCUUUCUCUUGUCUAUCCUGUGCUCUUUGCUAGUUCUGCUAGUGAUGCUUGCUUGGGAUGCUGUAUCUUCAAGUCCUUUUUUUGUCUGCGCUGCAUGUCAAAACACUCCUGUCAAAUCAGCUUUCCACUUAUUAGUUGCUACGACCUUUGGCACCAAUUGAACGGAACACAAGCUUAAAGUGGUUCUCCUCCCCCAUCCAUCACAAUUCCCUAGCUCCCACACCUAACCUUCUGAAACUGUGCAGGUUACCUUUCUCAGGGCACCUCUAUGAUAUAUGUCAUUUUAAUAAUAAAAUAGUUGCGCCAAAAAACACAGGGAGGGAAGGAAACCCCUUUUAGUUUUUCACACACACACCUAAUUAACUUAAAAGUGUGUAGCACACAGACACACAGACACAACACCAACCCCUGAACCUAAUUUUAAUUUGGCAGGUUUCUAACCUUGGGUGAGAAUCUUGCUCUUGAUGCUUCAGAAAUGCAUCAAAGUGGGAUCUGAACUUGCUUGCUGUGAUGGAAUAAUAAUAAUAAUAAUAAUAAUUUAUUUUUACCCAGCCCAUCUGGGUGGCUUACAGCAUAUCUAAAAACACAAUAAAAGCAUCCAGUAUUAAAAACCUCCUGAUACACAGCUGCUUUCAGAUGUCUUCUAAAAGUUGUGUUAUUCUUAAUCUCCUUGACAUCUGAACAGAGGGCGCCACUACUGAGAAGGUCCUCUGCCUGGUUCCCUGUAACAUUGCUUAUCGCAGUGAGGGAAAUACCAGAAGACCCUCGGAGGAGAACCUCAGUGUCCAGGCUGAGCGAUGUUGGGUGGAAUGAUUGCCUUGGUGUGAUGCUGAAUUCCUCCCUGUAUCUUGAGGAUGGUAUACACUCCUGGCAGUGGCAUUGCUGCCAUUUUCCUAAAUGGGCAGGGUGGAGGCAAGGUCAAAGCUACAUGAGCACACCCAGAAUUUGGCAUAAAUCCAAUAUUUAUGAAGUGUGAAAACACUCAGAAACAAGCUUUUUUAAAAACAAGGAAGAGGUCUCUCUGUUUCUGACAUUUUCCUACAGUGGACAACUUUACUAUCUUCCAAUGUGUUCACAUUAAAGGGACAAUAGGAAAUUAAUUAAGUGUAAAUAUUUGUUGACUGAGAGAUGUUUGCUGUAUAAGAAGGCAGGCUUAUGCAAUGUAAACUUGUGAAGAUGUUCCAGAAGGCCUGUAAACUCCAUCUUGGUCGUCAAGGUUACCCCGGGACCAAUUGGUAGUUGAGGCAAGAAUGAGCUCAUAUAUGUUUAUCCACUUGCUUUGAUAUGUGCUAAUUGGUUUGCUUUGGUGCUGUGCAUAUCUGUUGGCCUGGGAUGCUGGGCUCUGACCAUAAAAAUUGGAUGUUUGCCACCUAUGCAAACUAAGUUGCUGAAUUACAACUUAUUACUAAACUGAAAACUAUGGAGAGACUUGGUCUGUACAGAGAUAUUGGAUUCUUGUCUCAUUACAUAUGCUAAAGCUAUUUUUGGUAAUCUGCAUACUAUCCCUUGCUUUUUCCUAUAGGACUAAUUGCAGUCAUUAACAGUCGUCAACAGGUUUACCAAACCAAUUGAGUCAAUCAUCCAUCUUCUACUACUCUUCUGAGAAAAACCCCACCCCACCCUCCCACUAUAUAUAAGGGUCUGGUGACUUCUGUUUCAGUGUAUCUGAAGAAGGGUGCAUGCACAUGAAAGAUUAUACCCAGAACAAAUUUAGUUGGUCUCUAAGGUGCUACUGGACAAUUUUUUAUUUUUUAAAUUUAUUUCGAUUGCAUCAGACCAACACGGCUACCUACCUGAAUCUGCCACCUAUGCAGGUGGACUAAUAGGAGGUUGUGACCAAACUGACAUAUGCUUUAAAAAAAUUUUUUGGAUAAGUAAUGUAUAAACAUUUGCUCAGGCACAGACGAGUCAUGACAGCGGCUUGCUGUUUCAGUGUCCGACCUGAAUCUGUAAUGGCAGCGCAGGUUAUGAUAAAGCACUAGAAUUGAUCACUCUAGCAUUUUUGACAUCAUUCUUUGGUAACCCUGCACCAACCCACUCCCAGGGGCCCCCCUUUAGCAAAAUGUAAUCAUACUGCAACCAUAUUGAAGCAAGUUCUUGGUUGUCAGAGAAAAUCCUUCCAGGAACAUUGUGCUGGAGUCCAAAGAAGUUAUGUUUUAGGUGCAUUGAAUCUGUUGCUUGACAGUUCUUGUGGAUUCUGAGCACAGACACCAAUGAGCGAGAUACACAUGCUGCAACUCCCUUUUCUGCACAGCUACUAAGGGAACAGGAAGCAGGGCCUCUUUCCCACCAUAAUCUCCAUUUGUGGGGUCCACCACCACUGUUAAUUUUGGAAAACAGCUUUCCUCUGAUUUGAUCUUUUUGCCUGUCGAACAAAAAAUAAAAUAAACUAAAAUGCCAAGAUGCUUCAUUAACAUGCUUGGCACUGACCUGCAUUGGCAGCAGCCUGCUCUUGUUCUGCCAAAGGGCACAGGCUGUGGAAAUUCAGGAAGCUUUGAAUCAUGUUUGUUAGUUAAGUCAGGAGCAGGUGACCUUCUGAGAGGACCUUGAUUCUAAGGUAUCCUGAUGUAUUUUCCCUCCCCUACCACUACAGAAGAUGCUUAACAGGCAGAACAAAAGCAGCAAAUAGCAGCAGAGUUUAUUAUUUUGGUUACUAAAAGCAUCUUACUGAAAUUCACGUCUGGUGUAUUUUCUUUGCCCAUUAAGAUCAAAAUGCAAAUUCAAAACCUCCCACCAGUAAUCCUCUCAUGAUUAGUAAUGUAUUUGGCAUGCAUUGAAGCCAAUAAUAUUAUAAUCUUAACAUCCCAACUCUUAACUGCUACACUUAAACGUAUAAAAAUAAAAAUUAAGCUGAUCCUCCAGUUUGAUGCCCAUAUGUCUAAAGGAGAUUUUCUUCUGAAAGACCAUUAAGCCUGAUUCACAUAUCCAUGUACAUCACUUGAUUUAAGAAGGAUAUCAGGAAAAUGGAACAGGUCCAGAGGAGGGUGAUAAAGAUGGUGAGGGGCUUGGAGACCAACUACUCUUAUGAGGGAAGGUUGAAGGAACUUAUUUAGCUCAGAGAAGAAGCAAUUAAGAAGAACAGGCAGCCUCAGUUUCUCCUUCAUUAGUGAAUUUUAAGCAGAGGCUAGAUGGUCAUAGAAGCUGUAUAAGUGAGUUUCCUGGAUUGUCAGGAAACGUCGGAGUAGAUUAAAUCUGAGGUCCUUUCUAACUCUAUGAUUCUACACUCAACAUUUAGACCAGGUUCAGAUCCAGACAUUCUCAAACCUUUCGUGCAAGCUCAGGUGAUUAGAAUGUUUCCUACCCACUGCAAGUCACGUUUUAAAAUCUUUAAAAAUAAUAAUGAAAACUCAGUUUCCAGGCAGAAAGUGUUGGUUUUGACCUAUAAAGCCUUAAAUCAUGGGUAGGCAAACUAAGGCCCGAGGGCCGGAUCCGGCCCAAUCACCUUCUAAAGGCGGCCCGCGGAUGGUCCGGGAAUCAGUGUGUUUUUACAUGAGUAGAACGUAUCCUUUUAUUUAAAAUGCAUCUCUGGGUUAUUUGUGGGGCAUAGGAAUUCGUUCAUCCCCCUCCCCCCCACAAAAAAUAUAUAGUCUGGUCCCCCACAAGGUCUGAAGGACAGUGGACCGGCCCCCUGCUGAAAAAGUUUGCUAACCCCUGCCUUAAAUGGCUCAGGAUCACAAUACCUCAAGCACCGACUCUCCCCAUAUGAACUGGCCUGGACCUUGCGAACAUUAUUUGAGGCACCUGAGAUCCCAUGCGCUCUUCCAACGGCUUGGCAGAGACAGGGAUAGGCACUGGGCUUUUGUAACAAUAUAUUUAGGCACCAGGCAAAAACGUUCCUCUUCAGCCAGGCCUUUGGCUAAUGAAACAUUCCAGGCCUUUUAAACUGGGGUGUGUGGGUAUUGUUUUGGUUUGUUAUUAUGGUAUGCAUUUUUCUGUUUUUAUAUUGUAAACUGCCCUGUGAUCUUUGGAUGAAGGGCAUAAUAUAAAUUUAAUUAAAAAUGAAUAUAAGUAUAAAUGGUAUCCAGCUUACCUUUUACAGCUUAUGACUUUGCUUUUUAUCAUCAUUAUUUUAUUAUCAUUUACAUAGUGUUUAUGUUAUUUGAAGUGCUACGUUCUUGGUAACAUUGCCUCAAAGUAAAGCUUCAUUCCACUGAUUUUUACCUAGCACAGACGACAUCGAAAUUGAAAUUGAAAAGAAAUAUAAUUUAGAGCUACUUGAAGGAAGGUCGUUUCCGUAGCUAGUACCCCAACAACUUUAGAUAAAGGGACCCCUGACCAUUAGGUCUGACCGACUCUGGGGUUGUGGCACUCAUCUCGCUUUAUUGGCUGAGGGAGCCGGUGUACAGCUUUCAGGUCAUGUGGCCUGCAUGACUAAGCCGCUUCUGGUAAACCAGAGCAGCACACGGAAAUGCCGUUUACCUUCCCACCAGAGCAGUACCUAUUUAUCUACUUGCACUUUGACGUUCUUUCGAACUGCUAGGUUGGCAGGAGCAGGGACCAAGCAAUGGGAGCUCACCCCGUCGUGGGGAUUCGAACUGCAGACCUUCUGAUUGGCAAGUCCUAGGCUCUGUGGUUUAACCUACAGCGCCACCUGUGUCCCUACCCUAACAACUUUAAAAACCUUUUUUAAAAUGUUACAGAUGCUUUUUGCUACCCUAGCUCACUGCAGACAGCACAUUAACCCAGGUGAGUACUCAGUUCAACCACCCCUGGCUGCAGUUAUGAAGAAUGAACAUACAUAUCAAAGGCAGAACUGCUGCUGGGAUAUCCUAGGGCUGUGUCAUAUUUCACUGAGGGAUUGGACCUUUGCUGUGUGCCCUCCUCAGUGUGGAAUUCAUUUCCUCCCGACAUGCACUUCUCCUCCUCUCUCCUAAUGAGAAAGAAAGUGGCUUCUUAGAUGAUAUGCAGAUUCCUUUCCAACUCUGUGAUCCUGUAUUUGUGCUAGAAAACUAUGGUGGUUUACAAAUGCAUGGCAGAAAAGUAUUUUGUCUUAACUCACACAUUUUCACUGAUCUCAGCAAUUCCGUUCCAGACAAAAAUGUGCCUCUUGAUGAGAUUGUGGGAUCGGAGUCUUCAAUCAACAUUGCACUCAUAA